AUGGACACUACGACGCGGGACGGCGAGCAGCGCACGGGCAUGAACAGGGGCGUGCCGCCGGCGUGGGGCGAGAUGGAGACGGACUGCCUGGUGCACGUCUUCCGCCGGCUGGCGCUGGAGGACGUGGCCGCCGCGGCGCCGCUCGUGUGCCGCGGCUGGCGCCGCGCGGCCGCGGACCCGUCCCUCUGGCGCGCGCUCGACCUGCGCCACGACCACGUCGCGCGCUUCAUGCCCUGGGGCCCCCUCGCCGCCGCCUUCGCGCGCCGCUACGGCGUCGCCCGCUUCGCCUUCGCGGGGUUCCUCACGCUCUGCCUCGCCCGCGCGGCGGGCUCCGCGUCCGACCUCGCGCUCCCGCCGCUCCUCUCCUCGCCGGCCGCCGAGCUCGACCGCGUCGCCGCCGGCUGCCCGAGGCUGCGCCGGCUCGCGCUCCCGCCGCUGCUCUCCGCCGCCGACGAGGCGCGCCUGCCGGAGCUCGUCCCGCGGUGGCCCCUCCUCCAGCGCCUGGAGCUCGAGUCCAAGCCGUCGUCCUUCCCGGCCGUCGCCGCGCAGCUCGCGCUGCACUGCCCGGACCUCUCCGGCCUCAAGACCUCCGGGGCCAUCAAGCCGGAGGACGCCGCGGCCAUGGUGGCCUCGCUGCCCAGGCUCCGGUCGCUGUGCCUCGACUCGUCCUACCUGCCCAAGCAGGAGCUGCUCGCCAUUCUCGCCGGCUGCAGUCAGCUCCAGGAAUUCAGCGCCAGGAACUGUGUCGGGUUCAACGAGAAGGACGAGGAGGUGGUCCGACGAGGCGCCAGGAUCGAGAGGUUCGAGAUCGGAGGGUCCAGAUUCGUCGACGAGAUGAUGACCGACGACGAGUUCUGCGGCUCUUCCUACGUCGACGUCAUGUGA